AUGAUGGAGAAGAUAAAGCCUGAAGAGCCGCACACUUCCCCGGAGCCCCUCCCUAGUGCCUCACCUCCACCGUGUGUGUCUGAUGAGAAAGAUGCCCCCGACUGCAUGGAGACGGCUACAUCGACCAAUGUGCGCAUUGAACCCGUUGACAUGGAGACGGAGGAGCAUCAAGGAGUCCCAGCAAUGAUUGUUUCUCCCACUGAAUCGCCAAAACUUGCCUCUCCCCCACCUCUUCUCCCAGCGAAGAACAACAUGGGGCAGGUCCCUCCAUCGUCUGCUACAACUUCUUCGUCUUCCUCAUUGUCCUCUCCUCUUCCUUCGCACAUUCCUGUCAUCAGUCUGGCCCACAGCAAGCCCCCUCUGGCCAUUUCCAACCCGCUGCUGACCGCCCUCCACCCGAUUCCCAGAAAGCAUCCUCACCUGGAGCUGCGUCGCACUCAGCUGGCCUGUUUGCCCGUCAGCGGUUCUGGGGGCUCUGCGAACACUGGGGGUCCAUCAGGGCUGGCUCAGACGUACCUGCAGCCAGCUCAUCCUUUCUUCUCAAGCUCUUUCUUGGGUGCCUCUGGUGGAGGAUAUGGCGUCAUCACAAGCGGUCGAGUUAAAAGAAGACCUUCGUCACACUUUGAGAUGGAGAUCAAUGAUUGUCCUCCUCAGAAAAUUGCUCGCCGUGUCUUCACCAACAGCCGCGAGCGCUGGCGUCAACAGAACGUGAACGGCGCCUUCUCAGAACUGAGGAAGCUAAUCCCCACUCAUCCGCCUGACAAGAAGCUGAGCAAGAACGAGAUCCUGCGUCUGGCCGUCAAGUACAUCAACUUUCUGGUCACCCUGCUGGACGACCAGGCCCAAGACGGGAGCAGGGACUCAGACGAAGAGGACUCACAGAAGAUGGACUUAUCCAGCACGGACAACAAACUUGAACCACUAUUUCCAUGUGACACUCCUCCUCCAUCCCAAGGCGCAUCUCCGCCUUCAUCUUGUCCCGGGGUGACGAGGUCUAGCCACCAGAAACGAGACUCCACAGAUUCAGUGACUCUACUGGGAGCCUCGCCGACAAGCUCCAGUUGCGACAGCGACAUGAACAGCGAGGACAGCUAUGGGGCAAAAGCCUCUGUGGUGACGCAUAGUACUUUGGGCAAUGUCAAGGGUCAGAUAAGGAUGGUGGCAGCUACACAAGAUGAGCGGUGA